AUGGUAAGCAGCCAAGCAAAAGCAUCCAACCUCUUCAAGAAAGCACGCUUUGUCUCGGGUUUCGGCGCUGCCGUAACUAUCGGGCACUCCUCAUUCUACAUUGUGAAGAGUGGCGAACGCGCCGUCCUCGUCGACCGAUUCCACGGCACUCUUCCCAGAUCCGUCGGCAAAGGAAUUCAUUUCAAGAUCCCAUGGGUUCAAAAGCCCUACAUCUUCGACCUCCGCCCUCGUACUCACAGGCUCUCAGCCAUCUCCGCUACCGAUGAUCAUGAGCCGGUGAAUCUCACUCUCCGUGUUAUCUCUCGUCCCGAGGUUCAACGUCUUCCUACUAUUGUUCAGAAUCUUGGUCUUGAAUAUGACAAGAUUCUUAAUUUUAUUGCUAAUGAGGUUCUCGAAUCUAUUGUUGCUAAAUCGAGUCUUUUAAUGCUUUUUAGAAGUCAUUCUUGGUUUUCUGAACGUGUUAAGGAUGCUUUUGUUGGACGUGCUAAGGAUUUAAAUAUUCUUAUUGACGAGAUUGAUAUUACUCAUUUCUCUAACCCUAGGUAA